ACUGUAGUUGGCUAUGGCCACAGCCAAUCCUUAGGUCGCUGGUUCGAAUCCGGCAGGUCGGAAUCAUUUUUUUUCAACUUUUUCAUUUUUUUAUUUUAUUGUUGUUCAAAUUCUUUUUCAGUUUUUGGUUUUAUCGUUUUGUCGAAAGAGAACGAAGAUUUCAAUAGCAGCAAAGCAAGCGUUCAAUCAAAGAAGCAACACCGAAUCCAAAUACAAUACAACCAGUUCAAAAAUCGUUUCGUUUUACAUCAGUUGCUUAAAUCCACGAAAAAAGGAAAAAAAUGGCCAACACGUUGAGGUUGUAUUUGACUUGCAUUAGGAACACUCUUGAGGCUGCCAUGUGUCUCCAGAAUUUUCCUUGUCAAGAAGUUGAGAGGCAUAAUAAGCCAGAAGUUGAACUAAAGACAAGCCCAGAACUUCUGCUAAAUCCUGUUUUGAUAUGUCGAAAUGAGGCUGAAAAAUGCUUAAUAGAAACAUCUAUCAAUUCACUACGGAUAAGCCUCAAGGUAAAACAGGCGGAUGAACUUGAAAACAUACUAACUAAAAAGUUUCUCAGAUUUUUGUCAAUGAGGGCAGAAGCAUUUCAAGUUUUGAGAAGAAAACCAGUACAGGGUUAUGACAUCAGUUUUCUUAUCACAAAUUACCACUGUGAAGAAAUGCAGAAACAGAAGCUCAUUGAUUUUAUUGUGCAAUUCAUGGAGGAUAUCGAUAAAGAGAUAAGCGAAUUGAAAAUGUCUGUGAAUACACGAGGGAGGUUGGUGGCUACAGAGUUUUUGAAGCAAUUCGUCUAACAUCUUGAAGGUUAUUACAUCUGAAUGAACUUGUCUCCGGCAAAUCCUUUAAAACAGGAAGAUACCGCUGUCCAUGAUUUUGUCGAUGAGCUGCACUUGGAUGUCUCAGCUAAGAUUGUGAUCCUUCAUUGAUCACUAGCCGUUUUCAAGUCUAUUUGAUCAAACAAGACAAAUCUCUUCAUUGUUUGUGUAGUUUUAUGUUCAUAUAUACACUUGUUAGUGAACCAACGACUGUAUAAUUUUUAAAAGCAUAAAACCAACGGACUGAAAUUUUUUGUAAGUUGAGUUUCUUAUUUCCUAGAAAACUAAGUAGAAUGUAUAUUUUCAAUUUAAAAUAAAAAAUUUAU